AUGGAUGUUGACGAGAAACAUCGCAAAUACACCACCCCAGAGCAAUUUUUAAUGCGGAUGCAGCCGAAAUCGAUUGAAGACUGGUUAGUCAACACAGUGUGUGGUGAUUGCGGUGGAACGAUCAUAGAAUACGAUGCAGCAGCGGGCAAUGGUUUCUGUGUUGGAUGCGGGACGGUCGUUGAGGAGAAUGCGAUCGUGUCGGAAGUUGUGUUUGGAGAGUCGUCGAGUGGCGCGGCGAUAGUGCAGGGGUCGUUUGUAGGGCAGGGUGCAACACAUGCAAGGAUGGGAGGUCCGUAUGGGAAGAGGAACACUUCUGAAUCUCGUGAACAAACCAUCGAUAAUGCAAGCAGGAAGAUCCGGAAUGUCGGAGCUCUUAUGCGUCUCUCGGAGGUCGUCCAGACAGCCGCAAUUCGCAUGUAUACUCUGGCUCUUGAACAUAAAUUUACGAAAGGACGGAAGAAUAUGAACGUCAUUGCUGUCUGUCUUUAUAUCGCGUGUCGACAGAAGGAGACUAGAAACUACAUGCUUAUUGAUUUCUCUGACUUGUUGCAAGUGAAUGUAUUCGACCUUGGACAUACAUUCCUACAACUCGUCCAAACCCUCAACCUCCGCCUUCCUCUAGUCGACCCAUCACACUACAUCGCCCGCUUCGCCGCACUCCUCGAAUUCGGUGACGAAACACCCAAAGUAGCAGCAGACGCAGUCCGCCUCGUCGCGCGUUUCGACCGAGACUGGAUGUCCCGUGGUCGUCGACCAGCAGGAAUCUGCGGUGCUUGUUUACUCCUAGCAGCCCGAAUGAAUAAUUUUAGGAGAUCUGUACAGGAGGUGGUACAGGUUGUUAAGAUUGCGGAUACAACGUUGAAGAAACGGUUGGAUGAGUUUAAGAAUACGCCUAGUGGGGCGUUGACGCUUGCGGAUUUUAGGACUGUGUGGCUUGAGGAUGAGAUGGACCCUCCUGCGUUUAUUAAGGGGAAAGAGAAGGAAGCGAAGGAGAAGGCUAAGUUGUUGGAACGCGAGUCUGAGGAGGAGGAAAUGGAGGAAGAGGCCGAGGUGGAGAUCCAGAAGGAGAAAGGUAGGAGGAAGAGGAAGGGGAAACGGAAACGCUCUGAGGAAGAUGAUCGGGAGAGUACAGUUGCUCCUGAGGCGGAAGCAAAAACACCUGAACCAGUUCAACCCGAUGAACUUAGACCACCCAUCGAUCCUCAACUGCUUAACCAAGGUAUUCUCGCUGGAACAACCGACGCCCCGCUCUUCCUGCCAGAAACAGCAGAUACAACGCAAAACACGCCUCCAAGUCCUACACACGUUGCAAACGGAGAAUCCUCGACCGAUCGGACAGAGAAAGUCGAGCCGGAGAAUUCAGAAGACGACCCAAUCGAAGAAGCACUCCUAUCUGAAAUGAACGAUUUCCUUCACAACCCGCAAGGCACACGUCUAACAGACGCACUCUCCGAAGCUGAACAACGUCGACAAUCUCAUUUCACAGGCGAUGACGAACUUCUCGGUCUAGACGACGACGAACUCGAUGCGUUUCUUUUGAGUGAAGAAGAGGUGAAGAUUAAAGAGCGGGUGUGGGUGGAGAUGAAUAAGGAUUAUUUGGAGGCUUUAGCUGCUAAGGAGGCGGAGAAGGUGGGAUCGGCACCUACCAAGACGCGCAAGAAACGAAAAACGGAUAACAAACCACGAGACUCCUCAACACCCGCAGGUCUCACAGCCGUCGACGCCGUACGAAGCAUGAUAAAGAAAAGCGCGAAAUAUAGUCGAAGGAUUAAUUAUGAGGCGUUGGAGAAUCUUUUUGCGAGUGAUACUUCUGGGAUUCAGUCUGGCGAGAGUAAUUUGCUUGUUCCACCGAAAGAAGUGGACUUGGAUGUGAAGGCGGGAGAUAUGUUUACGAUUGAUCAGGAGAGUAUUGGUGGAGAAGGGAUGGAUGUUGUUGUUGAGGAGAGUGGUGGAGGCGUUGGUUUACGUGCCUCUCCGCUCGGCGCGAAUAUUAAUGGAUCUCGGACCGAAAGUCGGCUCACGGACAGAGGCCAGGCGGAAGGAGAGGGUAGAGGAGCGGUUACGGAGCAUACGGAGGAGGAUGGUGAGGUCGAUGGUGAAGGUGAGGAAAUCGAGCUUAGUGAGAAGGGUGAGGAUGAGUAUGUUUGGGAUGAAGGGUAUGAGCAGGAAGUGUAG